GGAUUCAGACGCUUUUGCGUUGGGGGAGGAUACGUGACUGGCGUUUGUGCCAGAAGAGCCAGGACUGACUUCUAAACACUCAUGUUACUCAAGGAGGAAGCUGGGAGAAGGAAGAAACAGAAAGAACCAGGGAUGGCUGCCAUGCAGGGACAGUUAACAUUCAGGGAUGUGGCCAUAGAAUUCUCUCAGGAGGAGUGGGAAUGCCUGGACCCUGCACAGAGGGCUUUGCACAGGGAUGUUAUGUUGGAGAACUACAGCAACCUCAUCUCCCUGGUCAACUCUCCUGAACAUACAAUUAAAGAUUUACCACCAAAAGCAAGUGGCGAUUCAGAAGAAAUAAGCCAGACAAUGAUGUCAGGAAGAUAUAAAGGCAGUGGCACUGAAGCCUUUUCCUUCAGAGAAAUCCAGGAGAACAUACAGGAUUUUGAGUUCCAGUGGAAAGACAGUGAAAGCAAUUACAAAUCCACCCAGAGAAAACAUCAAGACAGUAGCAAGACAGGAAAAUGUCAUAGGAACCUACUUGAAUUACAGUCAUUUCCAUCUGCAGAAAAUAUUAAUGAUGAAGUUAAGUCUAUCACCAGUGGUUCUUCUAUUUUGUUGUCUCGUCAAAUUCCUCACACUGGUGUCAAAGUACACAUUAUUCAUGAAUAUGAGGAUGAUGUUUAUUGUUCACUACUUAAGAAAAGACAAAAAACAUUUACUAAAGAAAAACCUUAUCAGUGUGAUGAGUGUGGCAAAGUAUUCAGUUAUACUUCUUCUCUGGCACAUCAUCAACAAAUUCAUACUGGAGAGAAACUUUACAAAUGUGUUGAAUGUGGGAAGGCUUUUUUUCGACGUUCUUAUCUUUUGGUACAUGAGAGGCAUCAUACUGGAGCAAAACCUUACAAAUGUAAUGAAUGUGGCAAGGUCUUCACUCAGAAUUCACACCUCACAAGUCAUCGGAGAAUUCAUACUGGUGAGAAACCAUAUAAGUGUAAUGAAUGUGGCAAAGCCUUUAGUGUUCGUUCAAACCUAACUAAUCAUCAGGUAAUUCAUACUGGAGAAAAACCUUACAAAUGUAACGAGUGUGGCAAGGUCUUCAGUCAAACUUCAAGCCUUGCAAUACAUCGGAGAACUCACACUGGCGAGAAACCUUACAGGUGCAAUGAGUGUGGAAAAGUCUUUAGCUCACAUUCAAACCUAAAUACCCAUCAGGUAAUCCAUACUGGAGAAAAACCCUACAGAUGUUCAGAGUGUGGCAAGGUCUUUACUCAGAAUUCACAUCUUGCAAAUCAUUGGAGAAUACAUACUGGAGAGAAACCUUACAAGUGUAAUGAGUGUGGAAAGGCCUUUAGUGUGUAUUCUAGCCUCACUACCCAUCAGGCAAUCCAUACUGGAGAAAAGCCUUACAAGUGUGAUGAGUGUGGCAAGGUCUUUACUCAAAAUUCACAUCUUGCAAGUCAUCGUGGAGUCCAUAGUGGGGAGAAGCCUUACAAGUGUGAAGAAUGUGGCAGAGUCUUUAGUCAGACUUCAAAUCUUGCAAGACACUGGAGGAUUCAUACCGGAGAGAAGCCAUACAAAUGCAAUGAAUGUGGCAAAGCUUUUAGUGUUCGUUCAAGCCUAACUUCCCAUCUGGUAAUACAUACUGGAGAAAAGCCUUACAAAUGUAAUGAAUGUGGCAAGGUGUUUAGUCAAACUUCAAGCCUUGCAAUUCAUCAGAGAAUUCACACUGGAGAGAAACCUUACAGGUGCAAUGAGUGUGGAAAAGCCUUUAAUUCACAUUCAAACCUAAAUACCCAUCAGGUAAUCCAUACUGGACAAAAACCUUAUAAAUGUCUGGAUUGUGGCAAAGUGUUUACUCAAAAUUCACACCUGGCAAAUCAUCGUAGAACACAUACAGGAGAGAAACCUUACAAGUGUAAUGAGUGUGGCAAAGCCUUCAGUGUGUACUCAACUCUGACUACUCAUCAUGCAAUCCAUACUGGAGAAAAACCUUACAAGUGCAAUGAAUGUGGUAAAGUCUUCACUCAAAAUUCACACCUAGCAAAUCACCGUAGGACUCAUACUGGAGAAAAACCUUACAAAUGUGAUAAGUGUGGUAAAGCCUUUAGUGUUCGUUCAAGCUUGACUACCCAUCAGGCUAUCCAUAGUGGAGAAAAACCUUACACAUGUGCUGAGUGUGGCAAAGUCUUUAGUCGAAGUUCUAACCUUGCAAGUCAUCGGAGACGUCAUAUUGGACAGAAGCAUCAGUGAAUAUAGCAAGGUCUUCAGCCACAAUUCAUUUGCACAAUAUUCAGGAAUUCAUUCUUAAGAAAAUACCAAUGUCCAUAAU